AUGUCUGACCCAAGUUCAAUUAAUGGUGGUAUUGUGGUAGCAAUGGCAGGUAAAGAUUGUGUUGCCAUUGCGUGUGAUCUACGUUUAGGUAGUCAAUCGCUCGGUGUCGCUAACAAUUUUGAGAAGAUAUUCAAUUACGGUCAUGUAUUUAUGGGUGUUACAGGUUUAGCUACUGAUGUUACCACUUUAAGCGAAAUAUUUCGUUACAAGACAAAUUUAUACAAAUUGAAAGAAGAUAGACCUAUUGAACCUGAAACAUUUACACAACUAGUAUCGAGUUCCUUAUAUGAAAAAAGAUUUGGUCCAUAUUUUGUAGGACCUGUAGUUGCUGGGAUUAAUUCUAAAUCUGGUAAACCAUUCAUUGCCGGAUUUGAUUUGAUCGGUUGUAUUGAUGAAGCAAAGGAUUUUAUUGUCAGUGGGACUGCAUCUGAUCAACUGUUUGGUAUGUGUGAAUCAUUAUACGAACCAAACUUAGAAGCUGAAGAUCUUUUCGAAACUAUAAGUCAGGCUCUUUUGAACGCUGCUGAUCGUGAUGCUUUAUCUGGUUGGGGUGCUGUGGUAUAUAUUAUUAAGAAAGAUAAAGUGAUAAAGAGAAACCUAAGGAUGAGACAAGAUUAA